UGGUUAUAAUGUUAUGUAUAUAUUGUCUAAGGAAGUUUGAAAUUUUUAAUCGGAAAUCGAAACAUGAUAAAGAAUCUUUUCAAACUUGUUAAAGAUGAAAAUUCUGAAGAAUUUAGGAUAUAUGCAGAAUUCAAAGAGAACUGUUUUACGUUAACCAUAUGGCAAAAUUCCAAUGCGUGGAUAGUUCCUGUACAGCAUGAUAAAAUACUUGCUUUAGCAGAGAACCUAGAGUUAGAUGAUACUGAGUAUUAUUCUAGAAUUAUAAAAAUAUUGAAUGAAUUGCCAGAAAAUGUUGAUUUGAAAAUUGGUCCUGAAGAUUUCAGUAUUUACUGUAAACUGGAAAACAAAAUCAGAAUAAAAUAUUUUUCUUGUCCAAUGGAAAAGGUGUGUUACAGCAAAUGUGUUGAGAAUUUAUUAGACAACUUCUACCUAAAAAGGAAUGAUUUAUUGUUGAAUAUAGAAUCAAUAUCAAAAGAAAAUGAUGAGCUGAAGAAAAGUAAAAAAAGGAUUGAAUGUGUUUUACAAGAAUUCAUUGAGCGAAAAAAACGUGAUGAUCAAGAAUUGUACAGUAAUUUCAUUCUUGUUUUGAAUGAAAAGAAAAGAAAAAUUCAACAGUUGAACCAACUGGUAGAAGCCUUUAAACAAGGAAGACCUAAGUUGAAUCCACUGGUUGAGGUCAAGAGAAAGAAGUCAAACAAACUUGCAAUCAAAGCAGAACUUCCAACGAAAGAAGAAGUUUCUAACUCCGAUAUUGAAAGUGAUUCGGCUAGCUCUCAAACUCAUACAGAAAAUACAGAUGAAGAAAGUGGCAACACCAGUAUACUACCAAGUACAUCAAAACACAUGCACAAUUUUCUACUUGAAGAUAGUCCUCCUCGUGAGACCCUACCAAAACGGGUAAAAAUUGAAGAAAAAUGUACUGAAAAUGAAAUCCACCUUUCUGGUGGUUCAAAAGUCAAGCUAGAAGACUUCAAAAUGGAAGUUACUGAUGGAAAUUUUGAGAAAUCUCCAGAUGUUAGUUUCAGCACUCAAGAUUUGUUGGAUCACAUUUAAUAGGCAUAUUUUACAAGUGUCUUGAGUUCAAUAUUAGCCUUUGAAUAGAACAUGACGGGAUUUUUAAGUUUAUAGUUUCGAUAAAAAAUCUGAGGCAGCCUAAAA